CCCGCCCCGGCGCGAAGCAAGAUGGCGGAGGGGCUGGAGCGCGUCCGCGUCUCGGCCGCAGAGCUGCGGGACAUGGUAGCCGCGCAGGCCCGCGCCGGGGCGGCAGGAGGAGCAGGAAACAUGAAGGAGGUGAAGGAACCACGGCAUCGCAAAGACAACAGGCGCCCAGAUCUGGAGAUUUACAAGCCUGGCCUCUCCCGAUUGAGGAGCAAACUUGUGCCACCAAAGCACGAGGCUUCUGAGGAGAGGAACGGAGCUGAGGAAGGCAAGGGGGAGAGUGGCCCUUCACGAGGAGGAUCCUUCAGGAGAAGAGCCUCCAGUCAUGGAGAACUUCAGCAUGGUGACAGCCAUAACCAGAAUGGUCCUUCGUUGGGAAAUGAAGAGGCAGAGACUAAAGGUGGUCCUCAGAGCCAGGAGAACUCAUGCACGCCGCUUGCGGCGGAUGAGUGUUGUGCCAAGACCACGAGGAGAAUCAAGAAACCGGACCAGCAGAUCUAUCAGCCAGGGAAGCGCAUGCAUUUGGUUGCUAAAGAAGUUGCCCUACGGUUGCCUACUGAGGAAAUCACCUCUAAAGUGGAACAGCUGAGAGUUGAAGGAGGUGAAGAGACUGAGAAAGGUACUGCAGAAGACAACAACAGGAAAACCAAGUCAAACAAAGAGGAAAGAGAGGGAAACCAGGCAGGGGAUGGAGUGAAAUCCUCUAGGGUGGAUAAAGGAAGACGACUAGAGCGAAGUGACAGGAUGAGGAGGGCACACGAUGAAGUGAUGCAAGGGAAGCUGGGCGCUACAAAGCGGUACUCCCGCUCUGACAAGCGGCGGAGCCGAUACCGCACGUGCAGCACGAGUUCAGCUGGAAGCAACAACAGUGUAGAUGGAACCCCGCUGGUGGAUGGGAUGGAGAGACGGCAGGAGCGUGCUAGAAUACGUCCUAGGAAGCAGCUCUCUGCAUCCUCCACUGACUCCUUGGAUGAUGACAGAAUCGAUGAGGCAGAAGCGUAUGUCUCUAACAGGAUUUCAGACAGGAAAAAGCGUUUAGAGCAGAGUCGAGCUUCUAGGAGUGAGAAUGAUUGGAGCAGUAAUGGCAAGGAAGUCAAGGGACACUUCCGAGUCACUUUUGACAGCAAGACUAUGAACAGGGAUGUCAUUCUAGCAGACGCAGAUAGAAAAAAGCCCGUGAAGGCGUUUUCUAGUUGCAACGACUCAGAGACUUUGGAGGCGAGGAGCCAAAGCAGAGAGCCCCAGGGGAGGGGCCGGGGGAUUCUGUUCCUGCCUGCCAACACAGACCUCUCUGCCAGCACUGCGGGCUCCCCUGAGCCCAGUCACCCCGGGCCCCGGCUGCUGCUGGGCGGUGCUGGCAGUAAGGGCUCCCGAAGCCGGGGCCGAGGUGGCACCGCUCGCAGGUUGUGGGACCCCAACAACCCGGACCAAAAACCCGCCCUGAAGAGCCAAACCCCACAGCUUCACUUCCUAGACACGGAUGAUGAAGUGAGUCCCACCUCCUGGGGGGAAGCCCGCCAGGCCCAGACAUCCUAUUAUAAGUUCCAAAACUCUGACAACCCCUACUAUUACCCUCGGGCUGCCGGCCAAGGUCCGCAGUAUCCUUAUGGCGGGUACUCCCUGCAGUAUCCAAUGGGUCCAAACAAUGGUGUUUACCCAGGAGCCUUUUACCCUGGGUACCCUGGCCAGGCAGGGCAGUACAUGUGCGGCCCACUCACCCCAGCUCCUCUGAGUCCUGAGAUGGAGCAGCAGAUGCGGAACAUGCAGCAGCAGGAGCUCAGCAAACUCCUCCGUGAGGCUGGGAACCAGGAGCAGCAGCUCAGCAAUCUGCUUUCCAGAGACCGCAUCAGCCCAGAGGGGCUGGAGAAGAUGGCCCAGCUGAGGGUGGAGAUGCUGCAGCUGUACGAGCGGUGCAUUUUGAUGGAUAUCGAGUUCUCUGAUACCCAGAAUGUGGACCAGCUGCUGUGGAAGAACGCCUUCUACCAAGUGAUUGAGAAAUUCCGGCAGCUCCUCAAAGAUCCUCUGGGGGAAAAUGCCCAAGAAAUUCGGAACAAACUUCUCCAACUUCUAGAUGAGGGCACUUCCUUUUUUGAUGGCUUACUCCAGAAGCUGCAGGUGUCAUACCAGUUCAAGCUGGAGGACUAUAUGGAUGGAAUAGCCAUCCGCUGCAAGCCUCUGCGGAAAAUGGUGAAGUAUGCACUGAUCAGUGCCCAGAGGUGUAUGAUUUGUCAAGGGGACAUUUGUCGAUACAGAGAACAAGCAAAUGACACUGCAAACUAUGGAAAGGCACGCAGCUGGUACCUGAAGGCUCAACAAAUUGCUCCCAAAAACGGCCGCCCAUACAACCAGCUGGCACUCCUGGCCAUCUAUACGAGGAGAAAGCUGGAUGCUGUCUACUACUACAUGCGCAGUCUAGCAGCUAGUAACCCCAUCCUCACAGCCAAGGAGAGCCUCAUGAGUCUGUUUGAAGAGACAAAACGCAAGGCAGAGCAGAUGGAGCAGAAGAAGCACCAGGUGCUGGAGCUGAGCCCCAGCCAUCGAGGGAAAGGCAAGAAGUCCACGUUGCGACAAGUUGGAGACGAUGCCACACGGCUGGAGAUUUGGAUCCAUCCUUCCCACCCCCGCUCCUCUCAGGGCCACGAAUCCGGCAGAGAUUCUGAGCAGGACAAUGGUCUUGGGAACCUCAGCCCCAGCGACCUGAACAAAAGGUUCAUCCUCAGUUUUCUCCAUGCCCAUGGGAAGCUGUUUACCAGGAUUGGGAUGGAGACGUUCCCUGCGGUGGCCGAGGAGGUCCUGAGGGAGUUCCAGGUCCUGCUGCAGCACAGCCCCCCUCCCAUCGGAAGCACCCGCAUGCUCCAGCUCGUGGCAAUCAACAUGUUUGCAGUGUACAACUCCCAGCCCAAAGAGUGCAUCUCUGAGGACUGCCGCUCUGUCAUCCAGGAACAGGCUACAGCCCUGGGGCUCUCCAUGUUUGCACUCCUGGUGAGGAGAUGCACCAAUCUGCUGAGAGAAUGUAUGCAAGUUCAGCCACAAGAAGAGGAGCAGGAGGAUGAGGAGGAUGACAUCAAGGUCUCUGCCUUGCCCCAGGACCUGAAGGAGCUGCUCCCCAGUGUGAAGGUCUGGUCAGACUGGAUGCUUGGCCACCCGGACACCUGGAAUCCUCCACCAACUUCUCUUGAGCUCCCCAAACAGGUCUCAGUAGAUGUGUGGGCGACGCUGGCUGACUUCUGUAACAUACUGACCGCAGUGAAUCAGUCGGAGGUGCCCUUGUACAAGGACCCAGAUGACGACCUUGCCCUGCUUAGCCUGGAAGAGGAUCGGCUGCUCUCGGGCUUCGUUCCCCUGCUGGUCGCCCCCCAGGAGCCCUGCUACGUGGAGAGGACCUCGGACAAGGAAUGCUUGGCCUCUUGCACUCAGGCUCGGGGAGGAGCAGCGUGUUUCUGCAGCUGGCCUGCUGCCAGAUGUCAUCACUUCAGGCAGUGCCACGCUGCACAUCUUCAGCAGUUUGAAAUGGAGAGACAGAGAGAGACAGAUAAGAUCAGCAGCUUUAGGUGAUGGCAUUGUUUCAAAUAAACCAUGCAUGACCCAAAGCUUCCACUUCAAAUGGGGAAUGAAAUUGCUUCAUCCUUUGACAGCUUGCUCCAUGAAAGAAAUUUAUCUUCACUUAAUUGCUUUAGAUCCCAAGAGGCUGUGUACAGUAAUUUCUAGGAGAUAAUUAUAUCAAAUUAAAAAAAUAUGUGACUAUCUGACUGCUGAGCCUGGAUGUGGUGGCCAGAGAGCAGGAAGGGAAGAGGCAGUGUGUCCUGCUCACAGGUUGGUACCCCCAUUCCUUCUGGUGGAGCUGAGCUGGGCACCGGGCACCCUGAUCCACAUCUGAUGGGGUUUCCCUGCUCCCACCUCAUUGCUGGAGAUGGGCAGCUUGCUGGGCUCAGCCUGGCACUGCCUUUGGGUGUUCGUUCUGAUAGUGGUACGGCAGUGCUGAGGAACAAGAAAGCUUGUUGAUUUAAAAACAUGUAUAUUUAGAAGCAGAGUGUAAACUUCCUGCCCAGGCAGGGGUUGGAUUCUUCACUCUGUUUGAGUUUCCAGCUUUCAUUUCCUUUGCCCUCAUACUUAACAUUGUGUAUCUCCCAGAGUGUGCCCCAGACUAAUCUCCUUAACCCGCCCUCGCCCCGCAUCUUUCUCUCAUUAUUUGCACAUCAGUCCCACUCGGGGUAGGAUGCAGUGCAUCUCCUGCAUGGCUGCUCCUGUGGGUCCCUCCAUCCCUGUGGGGAUGACCUCAUCCCACAAAGGGCAGCAAACUCAAGCUGGUUGCUGCAGCGGGGACAGCAGUUGCCAUGUGUCAGCAGAAGACAUUCUUCCAUUGCUGGUUGGAACCCUCUUUGUGACUCCGGGGCAUUGCUCAGUAACCAGUUCCAGGAGGAGCAAAGCGUCCCAUCAGCUGAACCUUCCUCCAUCCUUCCCUCCAGGCUUCAUGGGACAGCUCCUGCCCUCCUCUGCAUUCACCCCUAUAGGGACUAAGCUCAUUCCCCGCAGCUCUAAGACCACUUUGGUGUGAGAUCCUGCGUGGGCUCUCAAAUGGCUGUCGACAACCCAGGGCCAGGAGCGAGCUCCUCCCCAGCCCUGUGAUGUGCAGGCUGGUUUUUGAAGUGCGGUGCUGCUUCAGCUGUUCCCAGGAAGUCUGCAGGGGAACUGUGUUUGUACUGAGGAGGUGAAGUCCCUGUGUGUUUCUGGAGGGGAUCUACUCAAUGGGCUCUUUGAUGUCACUGCAGUUCUUGGACUUACAUCAAGUAAGUCUGAAAAAGAGAAAGAAAUGCUUUGGUUUAGCCUGAAACAUUUGCACCUGAGUGAGAUGACCUGUGGCUGUCCUGUCCCGGUGCCUGGGGGGGUGGGAAGUGGUGGAGGGUUCUGCUCCUAGGAGCUGCCCACAGUUCGGGGUGGUGAGGCAGAACUGUAAUUGGAGAAGUGUCUCCUGAAGGCAGCCCCACUGCUGGUGGCUUCCUUCACCCCAUGCUGCAGCCUCUGGGGUGACUGUCCCCAGCUGUCCCUGCCUGCUGAGCCUUGUCCCCUAGUUCAGGCCCCAGGGUUCUGCCAUAGGACUCUGGUGUUAUCUCUGCCUGCCCGGCGUCAGCGCUCCCGCAGGUCACACAUCCUGAUCCCGAGCUGCCCGCUGCUUGGACUGCAUCUUUUUUUGGAUGAGAUGUCUGGAGCUUGGCACAUGGCAGUGCUCAGAGGCAUCCGCUGCUGUGACCUCUGCAGCCUGGAUAACCUUUGCCCUGCUACGUCCUCGCUCUGGGAACAACCCAGGGCUGGUUUGAGGUUUGGCUCCCUUAGUCCCAAGCUCAGGGAGGGGUUUUAGGGCAGCGAUGUUUGGUGCAGGGAGCUCAGCCCCAGGGCGUGUUGCCCCUUGGGCUAAAACCUUUUCCACUGUGGGGUUUUUCUAUGAUUUCCCAUACAGGUUUUCUCAGCAGCAGCCUCUCCGUCCCUCUGCUUUUCUCUGCUUUGUUCACAUACUUCUUCACUUAACUCCUUUUUGUUGCCGUUAUUGAAGAACGCAUCACCUAAAGCCAUUUGAAUUGCACUCUCUGCUGCUAAUAGUUCCAAAGGCUGACUGCCCUGACUGCCAGAAUGAGGGGCCCGAGGGGAUGGGCUGCAAGGAGGUGGGCAGCCAUGUGCAGGAAUUGGCACCAGAGCAUUCAAGAAGCUGAGAAUGAGAGCAGCCCCCAUCUGGUUCCGCGCUGCAGCUCGGCGCGAUCGGCAUUUUGUUUCAGAGGCCACGAGUGAAUGAGUUAAUGAUGAUCCCAGAUGGCUUUGGAGUUUGCCUCUUGCCACCCCUUCCUGUUCCCUCAGGAUCUCAGAUGGUGGCGGAAGAUGAAGUAAAAUUCUACAGUUUGUUGUAAAGUUCAUCUCUCUCCCCAAAUCGUGCUGCAACUUGUGCGCGCUGCGUUGGCAGCUUCAAGGGGAUGCUACCUGGUAAUUAAUUAGUUGUCAAAAGACAGCCCAGAGGUUCCAACUCUUUACAUCCUUGCUAAUAGAAAUUGCUCUGAUUACAUUUUCCCCCUUGGCUGGAGGGCUGCAGCACAGGAGCGUUGCUCCAUGGGCAGCUGGAGGAGCCUGAGCGUCCCACGCUGGGACUCGGAGCGUGCUGGCACACGCAUGGGCGAGCAUGACCCCGGGCUGAGCCUUGGCUUAUCUGCUAACACUGCACUGCUCUCCCUCUGCCUUCCUCUGGCCAGCGUUUCCCACCAGCCCCGGUUGUGUCUGACACCUCCAACAACUUUGUGCUUUCUCUGAUUUAGCAUCAUUCACCAUCCCUGGAAGUGUUGGGAACCGCGGAGAUGUGGCACCGAGGGUCAUGGUCAGCGGGCACUGUGACAGUGGGAUGGAGUUGGACUUGGAGAUCUGAGAGGUCUUUUCCAAUCUGAAUGGUUCUGUGAGUGAGCGUGGUGGUCAUGGAUUGAUGGUUAGACUUGAUCUUGGCAGACUUUUCCAAGCUUGAUGAUCCUGUGGUUUUGUGAUUUGAUGAGUGGCCGCGGUGGUGAUGAGUUGAUGAUCUUGGUGGUCUUUUCCAACUGCAGUGUUUCUAUAAUUCUAUGAUCAUUGCCACUAAACCCCAUCAGCUCAGCUGUUGGUAGCCUGUUGUGAAGGCACGGGGCUGCAGAGCAGCUCUGGGGACCUUCAGGAGGUGCUGGUGGCAGUGCUCUGGUAGGAUCAGAGCUCUCCUGGUGCACUUCUGUGCCUCACUCCAAUGGAGCUUGGGAUGGAGCCAAGCUCCAUGCAUCUGAGACACAGCUAACUUACCCCAGGGUGGAUGGAUGCAGGGGGUGCAGCAGGCAGCAUAGGCACGUGAUGUGUGACACAGCACAGCUCUUCCCUUGGCAAACACAUGCUUGAGAGAAGAUCCCGUGGGCAGGAGGGCUGUGUUCACUGCUGCCCCCAUCCCAGGAAGGCUCCCUCCGGGUGCCAUAAAUCCAGCAGUGUGCCGGAUGCUCUCACGCCCGUGGUGCUGUGCUGUCCUUCCCACCCCCGGGGAGCAGGCUCCAACCCACCUGGUGCUUGCAGCCAUGUGGUCCCUUCUCUUUGUGUUUAGUUAAGUGUGGGAGGAUGCGAUGUUUGAACUCCCAGAGCCUUUUGGCUAUUGUGUUCGCUGAUACAGCCCCGCAAGCAGACGUGGCAUUGCACAAGCAUGGCCCUGGCCCUAACAAAGGCAGCUAGGAUUUCUGGUGUUGGAAAGAGCAGCCUGGAAAGGGCAUCAUCUCAUGCCAAAGAUGAAGACAAAAGCAUUUGGGAGGCAGGAAGUGAUGAAAGCAGAGGGCAGAUUGCAGGGCACCCGGCACUGCGGAUGGGUGGCAGAGCCCCAGGACAGCAGCAGGGAUGGAGGUGACAAAUGGGCCAGGAAGGCACGGGGCUGCAGGGCCACCUCGGAGCUGGACGUGGUGCAGGAGGGCUCAGGGGACACCGCCACCAUGGUGUCAUGUACCAGCAUGAGCCAGGAGGCUGUGUGCAGUCACAGUGCUCGAGCUGCGUUCCGUGCUGCUGGCUCCCACCCCACUUGGUUUUUCCAGCAUCUGAUCUGACUGUUUGUUUGCUUGCAAUGAUUUCAGUUGUUUUCUAUUUUAGCCCAUGACUCCCAGAGCCUGGGCUGGGGCAGGCAGGCACCGUUUGAAAGCCGCCACUUGGCGGCAACAACUGCUCGAGCCACAGAGCAGCACCCAUCUAACCCCUCUUUUCACACACUCGGAACUUCCCAAACAUUAACCUUUGGAUUAAAAUUUUCCAUGCUUGGUCUCUCCCCAGAUGUGAUGUCUGAGCUUUGGUUUGGGUUCAUGUUUUUCGUGUUUGCUGGGUUUGUGUUAUGGGAGAAUGAAAGAAAUACUUUUCCCAUUUGAAAAAAUAAUAAUCAUAAUUGUAGUUUCCUUUUUUUUUUUUUUUUUUAAUUUGAGGAUUCACCAAAAAUGGCCGAGGUUUGGAGGCUGAAUGGACAGUAAUUCCUGGGCUGCAUUUAGGCACGCAGUGAGGUGUCCCAGCCCCAGGUGCGCAGUGCCACCAGCAGAGCCCAUUGGGACCAGGACAGCCCAGUGUGAGUCAGGCUGAGCAGCUCCAGAUUUGACAGAGGGAGAGUGGCUGCUUUUUGUUUUCUAGCAAAAAAAACAAACAAAAAAAGUUGUUUUUUCAGGCUCCACGUGUAGGAUCACAACACACCAGGGUAGCAUGGAGCGCACAGUUCUCCACUCUGUGCCGUGCCGGUGGCCCUGGUGUUUGGGGGUGCCACAGGGCAAUGCGGUGGCAUAGACCCUGCCCUGAGCCCCGUGCUUCCAAAUUCCCAUUCCUGGUGGCUGCACCUCUCACUGUCCUGAAGCCAAACUCUGCUGCUGCUGUUGACACCUCCUCGUGGAGUUCAGGACACGCUUGAGCGCUCCGCGUUUCCCUGCAUUCUUUUAUUCUGGCCGCUCUGCUCCAAGUCUGUGCGCUGCUCAUCGGGUGGGGACCUGCUCUGUUCACACCAGCGCUUGUAAUGUCUGGCCUGCAGCUCUGCCAAAGGCCAGAAUUGGCUCUCCGUGCAUGGCUGGAUCGCAAGGACAACGUUAGAUGGAGGGUGGAGUGAGCGAAUACCCCUCUCUUCCUACUGUGCUUUCAGGAAAUGUCUCUAGCGCAGCUGUAAGUGUGAAUGAAGUCAAAAGAAUGGAUCGGUGCCCCCGCUCCAGCCCACCCCACUCGUCGGGGCCCAUCCAGAGUCCCCACCCUAUUGUUCUGGUUCAGCUCCCCCGUUUCAGGGCUGGGGCCCUGCUCUGUGCUCAGCAUCCCGCUCCUGGGAGGAGGAGCUUUGGAGAAAACAAAGACGCAGCGAAGAGCUGCAUAGUUUUCCUCUCGCUGCUGAGCUGCGGUUCUGAUCCAUCGCUCCUUUCCCGACGUGUGUGAGCAGCUCGGAGGUUUGAGCCACGUGCCAAAAGAGGAGAGCAUUGGGUACGAGGAGCUGAGCCCUGCUGGAGCUUGGCUCAGUGCAAGGUGACCUCUCCGGAGCACGGCAUGCUCAGAGCAGCCCCACAGUGAGCAGGACACUGAGGCACACGGCUCCUUCCAGCAUCACUGGGAGUCCCCCUCAGUGGCUGGGAAGCAAGGUGCAGCUUCAGCCCUCCCUGCAGUGGCUGUGGUGUGAGCUGCUGCCCUCUCUGCCCCAGCACUGCAAUACCUCCGGGCUGUGGUGGCAUUCCUCUGGUGUCAUUGCAUUGCGUCCAUGUCCCCACCCCUCUGUUUUCAAGGGAAUUUCGUGGCAGCUGACAUUCAGAGGGGCUGCUCCCUGCUCACGUGGCUUUCGCCUGCUUGUUAUUUCAAAGCAGAGCUGCUUCUCCUUCCAUUCCUGAAGUCGCUUCUCAUGCAGGGCAGCUGGAGUGCUGCACCCUGUGAUGUGAGCAGCACUGCUGGAGCUCCUGCCCUGGGUUCCUGAGGAUGGCAAUGGUGAUGGAGGCAGCGUUGCAGGAGCACGUAUCUCAUGUUCAAAAGUUCUCCUAAAAUCAGUGGGCUGAGUAUCCGAAUUGUGUCCUAGGCUUAAAAGGGCUGAAGGAAUGAAGCACACACACAACCUGGCAGAGUAGAAGAACGUGGAGCCUGGGUCCAGGCGUGCUCAUGUUAACACAGAGCUCAAGAUGUGUGCCUAGGCAUCCUCAGCUCCUCAUCCAGCACAGCAAAAGGGCGGCUCUCAGCUCCUUUGGCACGGGGUGCUUAGGAGGAACCUUUGUGGUGAUCCUUUGGUUGUGUUUCUCCUGUGUUCCUACCACUAAGACUGCCCACCCCGGCCAGUUUCCCUACAGUGGAAUCCCAGUUCAGCAGCUCUGGACUGUGACCCUCUGAGAACCACUCGUGUUGGAGGAAGUGAAACCCCAGCAGCCAGGUGGGAGCGGGGCAGCCUGGGGGGGUUUUAGUGGUUCUCGUUCAAACAAUCCUCCUGCAGCCUCAGAAAUCCCGAGUUUCCUAAAAGAAGAGGAGAAAAUUCCAAAGGCUUUCAUCCCAGUUCAAAUAUCAAGCAGGGCGAGGAGCUGGGGAAGCUGCAGUGGGAUCUCAGAUGACAUUCUCUGAAAAGCAAACUUAAUGGAGUGCGAGUAUGGGACGGCUCAGGCUGUGCCCUGUACAGCUCUGCUGAGCCAGGGGCUGGGGGAGAACGGAUCUGGGGGGGCUGCCUGAGAGCUCCCUCCACUUCUGCAGCCUUUGGCACCUCUGUGAGAUAUUUAAAUGACAGACAGACAUCCAGGGAUCUGUAAAUACUCCGUCAGUGCCAACUCAACCACAAAGAAGAUACAGCAUUUGUGGUCCAAGGAAGUUUAAAUAUUUGUGGUCAAACUUAAAAUUCGACAUAAAACUCUCAUCUGCGAUGGAAGGCGUCCAGGAACUGCAUGGAGAAUGUAUAAGCUGUGCAAACUCCCAGAAAGGGCUUCGCCGUUGCGCUGCCAGGGUGAGGCAGAACCUUCCACCCUUCCCUCUCCUCUCUCCGUGCUGCUGAGGGCAGGUAUUGGUUUUGCAUGGUGCACACUGGGUGCUCCCCAGGUGCUGGAUGAGGGCUGCAGGGCAGCAUCCUCGGAGCUUUCUGGAGCAGGGAGUUCUUGGCAGCUCCCUUCCUGCAGCCCAUGCAUGGCUAUGGCCACCAGCAGCUCGGAGCAGUCCCCUUUCCCUUACUAAGCAAUCCUCCCUUCCUCCACCGAAGCGCCUGCUAACCACUUUCUUAUCUCUCUUAACUCUGCAAAACAAUCUCUGGCAAGGCAGGCAUCCUCCGAAAUGGCAGAGGAAAUAAAUUCCCCCAGUCCCUGAAAAGGAAAAAACUGGAAGCUUGCAGCAGGGAGUUCAGUCCGUGGCCCAAGUUGGUGCCACAUUGGCUUCAGUGUGAUAGGGAUCGUGCCUUCCUCCUCCUGUAGUGUGGGAUCGUGGUCUGGGGGCAGAUGCACAGGGCUUGGUGUUCUCCUUGCUUGGUGUUUUCAUCUGCCUGGUGGAAAGCUGUGAUUUUGCAGUUCUUCUGUGCUCGAAGACCCCAAAGAGCAGGAAUGCCCCAGGUGCUCCCCUCAGCCGUGGGAGUUCCCAGCACCAUGCGGAGCAGUGUGAGGCAGCAUGGCACUGGAGCACUUGGCUAUAGGAGGGAAUGUGAGCGUUUUCCCCCAUGGAAAUCCCUGCAGGCUUUUCCCAGAGGCGUCGUGCUAACAAGUGAGCACACAUCAGGGCAUCUUCCAAACAUCAGCAAAAGCUGAAAGCUUUGAACCCAUCGGAAACUUUCUUCUCUGUGGCUAUGGAGCUCUUGACUUUUCCAGCAGGAAUUGCUGUGCUCACAAGGGAUUCUGCAGUACCCUUGGGUGCAUUUUGGGAUGCACGCCUUUCCCCAACCCCAUCGCAAGGUGUGACCUAGGAGGGGAAGGAGCUGGUUGUGUUUGGGCUCUGCAGGAGCCGUGAGAUAUUUUGUAGGGCACUGGCAGGCUGUGCCAUGGCACAAAGGGUUUGAGGGUACAGAAGACCUGAGGUGGUGUGGGUUCUCCAUUUGGAGUUUUAGUUUUCUCCCAGCCUAGAUGAGUGAAAACUCCAUCAGUAUUCCUGCCCCACAGCCACUAGGUGCCAGCCAGGGAGAGAGAACUGGCCCUGGCAGCUCUGGAUGCUCCUGCUCCCAUGUUCCUGCCCUUUGCAGAGGGGCUGUUGGGAGCACGUGUGCUCCCAGCCUGCCUGCAGGGUCAGCUGAAAUCAGCCGAGAGCAGCUGUGGCUGAAAGCCCUCAGCUGCAGAAACCAGGGUGCAACCCAGCUGUGAGCCCUGCUCCCGACUGUGAGGGUGCUUCAGUCCUACCCAGGUGGCCAAACCCCUGUGACCUGAGUGUGGGGCCACAUCCUGGCAGCAGAGGCAGAGCUGGGGUACAACAGGGUUACACCCAGCACAGCUUUUGUGCAAACCCAUAGCAGGUGGUGCAAAGCCACCAUUUCUCUUUGCUUUCCUGCUGCUUGCUGUGCUGCCUGCAUGCUCCAGGCUGGUCCUAUGGGGUACCAGAAGGCAUUCAGCCCUGUGAUGCUCGAGGGGUUUGUGUGGAUGUUUCACCUGGUUUGUUACACGUUGCAUGGUUUGGGUUGUUUGGGGCUCGCUUGGUUUGGACAUAAAUCAUCCACUUCGCUCUAACUAAGCUGUGCUUAAGUCAGUAUGUCAAAAUUCAGCGUUAUCCCCAUGCUGGAUCACAGGUUUGGCUCUGUCCUCCUGGUCCCAUCCCAUUCCUGCCUCUGAAUCCAGGACCUCUCCAUGCUAUGACUCAGCCUUCUCCUGUCCUUUUCUCCUUCUGAGUCCUGCUGCUGGCACAUGCUGGUGUCUCCCCUUCUCCCCUUUGUACACAGGAAUGCUGAGUGGCAGCAGCAGCUCUGAGCAAACCCUUCUGCAGCACCACUGCUUCCUGUGCAUGCCGAGUCCAGGCUUUCACCAAGCAAAGCUCUGCACCCCACAGUGAGCACACGGUGGGAGCAGCCCUCCACGGUCUGAGUCCUUGUGGUCCCCAAGCAGCUGGCCCAGCUGCCACAGCUCCUUGGGCUAAAUGCAGCUGAAGGGGCUGCAUUCCUGCCUCACAGUUAUUUGCUCUUUAGGACGCUGUGUAAAAUUAACAAGUUGUAAAAGCCAAUUGAAGGCAGCGAUUUGCCUGGCUGCAGGGAGAUGCUGAGCCUUUGACCCCCAGUGGGAGCGGGGCUGCUCUGUGGCACCCCAGGUGCAUGUGUCCCCCCAGACCCAGUCCUCCAGGAGACUCCGAUCUCAGCUUCACCUGGAGGCACCACAAGCACAGGGUCCUGAGAGGACCUGGUGUGUCUGUACGGGCAGUUAGCGUGUUAACGUGCGUCCUGCUGCAUCCUGCCCAAUGAUUGGGGAUGUAAAUGGGUGAGCCAGGAGCUGGCAGCACUAACGAACCGUCUCAGCGUGCCACCAGCCUGCGGUUAGCGUGUCUGAUCUGGGGUCAGAUUAGAAACCUCGCACCUCCGGGCACAGCCGGGUGACACAGCACUGGUACCCAGCACCACCGCAGCCCCAGGUCCCACGCGGCCCCGAAAGGCACCGCAGAGGAACCGACCCGGGUCACGUCGGAGGGCACCGGCCCACUUCAGCAAUUCUCGGUUUCGGUUUUCCUUUGAGAGCUGCUGUGUGCGUGUCAGCCCUAUUUUAAUACCCGGCGGCGACGCGGAGCCAGGCUUUCGGUUCCUGCUGGCUGGCUGCACGCUCGCAGGGGGAAGGGUGCAUGGGGCCGGGGUGUCACGGCAGCAUCACCAAAGGCAUCAGCGCCGUUCCAUUUCAGAUUCAGCUUUGGGAGAGAGCGCACAGCUCCUGGUGGCCCCGCUGAGCUCUCCCCUCGGUUAGCAUGGAGCUAACGCCGUGCACCCCAUGACUAUCCCCGUGGUUCUGGGAACGUGGCACUCACGUUUCCACACCGAAACGGGAAGUCGGUGGCAUGUCACGCUCUGCCAUUGGCUGCCACCGGUGGGUCACUCCUUUCCCAGCACCCCAGCCUGGCUCCAGGCAGGCAGCCCCGGGGCUCUGGCACGGUCCCGGCACACACGUGAUGGGGAUGUGUGGAGCGUUCGCUCGGUGCCUGUUUUUCGUUCAUGUGGGCUGGAAAAAUGUGUUCAUGAGACAAGUUGCUGUGGCAUUAUGUCAUGGGCCUUCGGUUGGGCUCUUUGCUCCCUUAGCAGAUGAUCUGAAUUGGAGCAUCGGGCUGCACCGGCUUGGCAGGACAUUGGGAGCUUACGUGAAAACCUCGUGGGUCGUAAGCUAAAUGCAAUUACUUUUAUUUCGGGAGCAAUCAGCCUCUCCUGCAUCCCUUUCCCUGCUGCUGCUGUACGCCCCACGGUGCACAAAUGCUCACAGGUGGGUCCCUGCGGCCGUAUCCACGUGGGCAGGGAUGAUCCCAGCACCUUUGGCAUGAGGGAACUGCAGUCACCAGGGCUGGAAAACCCCAGGCUGGAGCUGCCCUGGCUGAGUCAGGCUGCUCCCUGCGUGCAGUUACCAUCCGAGUGAGGGUGAACCUGGCCCUGAGGUUUCCACCACUUCCCCUGGGGCCGCUGCAGCCAGCAGCUUUCACAGGGGGUGUUUUCCUGUGACAACCAUUCUUUUCUCUUCCCUUUGGAUUUUCCCCGUGGCAGAAUCAUUCCUACAGGAGUGCCAGGAGGAUGGAAACGUUCCUUGCUGGGCUCACUCCAGGCUGGACGCAGCACAGAGGGGUCAGUCCCAUUCCCACCUCAGCUUGUCCUCUGCUCUGUCCCGUAGGGCACCCUUUUUAGGUGUAGGUUUGGGGCAGCUCCAAGCACCGUGACUCUGCCGCCUGCCCCAAGGGUGCCUCGUGUGGGCAGUAACCGGGGUGGGAGGUUGCAGGUCAGAGCAGGGUCAGGUCUUUGACACGCACGGCAGCGACGCGGUGGUUAAAAUUAGUUUGUGGAGAGGAAACUGGCAGCAUUGUGGAAGAGCAGAAGUUUCCUCUCACGGCAGCAUGGUGCUGCUGCACUGCAGGACACUGCCAGCCCCUGCCUGCCCCCAUCCCUGUCCCCACCCAGCAUGGGGUGACCCAGGCUUUGCAGUGCCCUGCUGUGUGUCCCAAGGAUGGGGUCUGCUCCACCUAGGAGUCAGUAAGGAUGCUGGGGAUGGGGUCUGGAGCCUGCUUUGUCCUGGGAGGGAACUGCAGCAGAAGGUUCUGAGGCAUGAAUGUGAAUUUUGCAGAGUGGGUGACACUUCCAGGCUCCAUUUGCUUCCCCAUGGCUGGCUGCAGGCAGCAGGAAGCACCAGAGGAGCAGACUGCAGGUGUGGAGCCCCACGGCGAUGGGGGAUGAGGAGGGUCAUGGUGGAGGCACAGGCAAAGGCCACGGAGGCACCGUGCUCCCGUGCUCUGGAAACUCCAUUUGAGAGCCUCAUAAAUGGAUAAUUACCUGAGCUAUUGAGUUUCCUUCUGGCCAGAUCCAUCCCAGCCUCCCUGACAAGGGCUCGCCUAACGGCCUGUGGGGCCGGCCUGCAGGAUGGGGUUGGGAUGGAGCUGGUGUUCAUGCCCCUGCCCGCCUGCCCCACACCUGCAUCCCUCCCUUCUGCUUUCAGUAAGGGGGGUGCUGGCAUUUGAGCAAAAACAGAACGGUAAGGACUGACUGCAUCAUUCAUCCCUCCCUGGAGACGCUGGGCAAAUCCCUUCCAUCCCCAUCUAUAAGGCAAAGGGGACCCCAAACAAUGCAGUGCCCUCCAUGUGCUGCAGGGCUCUCUGCCCCCCAUGCUCCCCUCUGCCUGUUGCCUCCCCUUUGCACUGACUUUGUUUUCCUUUCCCUCUCCCCAACCCCCUCACCCUCACC